CCAUAAUCUCGCGAUACCCGACGCCCGACUUGUGCGCCCGGGAAACCCCGUCGUUCCCUUUCCCCUGGCUGGCAGCGCGGAGGCCGCACGAUGCCUGGAGUUACUGUAAAAGACGUUAACCAGCAGGAGUUCGUCAGAGCUCUGGCAGCCUUCCUCAAAAAGUCCGGGAAGCUGAAAGUCCCCGAAUGGGUGGACACAGUCAAGCUGGCCAAACAUAAAGAGCUUGCCCCUUACGAUGAGAACUGGUUCUACACACGAGCUGCUUCCACAGCACGGCACCUGUACCUCCGCGGUGGUGCAGGAGUUGGUUCCAUGACCAAGAUCUACGGAGGACGGCAGAGAAACGGUGUCAGGCCCAGCCACUUCAGUAGAGGCUCUAAGAGUGUGGCCCGCCGGGUCCUCCAAGCCCUGGAGGGGCUGAAAAUGGUGGAAAAGGACCAAGAUGGGGGCCGUAAGCUAACACCUCAGGGACAGAGAGAUCUGGACAGGAUCGCUGGACAGGUGGCAGCUGCCAACAAGAAGCAUUAGAACAAAUAUGCUGGGUUAAUAAAUUGCCUCAUUCAUAUCCUG